UUGAGUUCGUCUGUUACGGAGUCUGGACUGUCUGGUACAUACAUCAUAGUACAGUACAUACACAAUAGGCUACUGCGUGUAAAGGCAACGACUUGGAAGACUGCCUUUCUUUACCUUCCCUAUAUAUCGAAAUACUAGGUAUCCUAGUCCAAUGAUUUCACAUUAACCAAAUACCCAUUCAUAAUUCAUAUCAUUGGAAGUCCACUUCUUUGUUCUCUUUUUACCUUCAAGUCACCUACACAAGCAGGUACCCUACAUAGCCUACCUACUUACUUGACCUAGUACUUUGAGAGUCGACCUAAUCCCUUCAUAUUCCUGUCUUUCACUAUCUUCGUUCUGCUCUUUUCCCCUACUUCUUUUCUUUUUUUCUUCGUGGAUAUUCUAUUCCAUUCGAUUCGAAUAAAUUAGAUAUCAAGCCGUGUUGUCUUAAGCCUUGAUCCACUUACUUUUCCCAUCGACCUACGAACCGGCGCAUUUCGUAUCGUAACUCCGAACAACGCUAAUUCACCUCAUUCAUUGCACUAUAUAAACUCCGAAGCAUGAAAAGUGUUGUAACGCUCGUUGCGAGCGCGUUGCUGGCCUCUGUCGCCCAGGCGCAAGUUGUCCAGUGGGAUAUUGCAAAGAGGCAUGUUGGGCCUAGAUUUGCCAAACGACAAGAUGGCACUUUCACCGAAGUUAUCACAAAUGAGAAAACACGGGGUGGUUACUUUGCUUCUUGCCAAGUCGGCACCCCUGGUCAGAACUUGACGUUGCAGCUAGAUACGGGGUCUAGUGAUAUCUGGGUGCCUUCGAGUAGCGCGAGUGUUUGUGAUCAGGACUCUCAAAACUCAGGCUGUACUUUCGGCUCUUUUGACGAAAGCGCAUCUAGCACUUUCUCAGUCGUAGGCGAAAAUGAAUUCACCAUUUCCUACGUCGAUGGCAGUCAUUCAAAGGGUGACUACGUUGCAGAUACUUUCGAAAUUGGAGGUGCUACCUUGAACAAUAUGACUAUGGGUCUUGGUCUGUCAACUGACAUCCCGUAUGGCCUGGUUGGUGUGGGAUAUGCCUUAAACGAAGCCAUUAUCGCCAACACACAAUCUGCCUCGUCAGCGUACGACAACCUUCCCGUACUGAUGCAGAAGCAGGGCCUCAUUGCGACCAACGCCUACAGCUUAUGGCUAAAUGAUUUAGAUGCCAACACUGGUAGCAUCCUAUUUGGUGGAAUAGACACCGAAAAAUACCAGGGUGAACUCACUCGUAUCAACAUAUACAAGGACUCUCAGACAAAUGCCUUUUCCUCCUUCAUCGUCGCCUUGACAUCCCUCCAGGCAUCAUCUUCUUCAGGCACCGAUACGCUCACUUCCUCCGAGUUGCCUGUUCCUGUCGUGCUUGACUCGGGAACGACUUUCAGCUACUUGCCGACUGACAUAGCAGAACAAAUGUGGCAAGAAGUAGGUGCCGCCUACUAUACCCAAUUAGGUCUUGCCCUGCUGCCUUGUAGCAUGGAGAACAGUGACGGGCACUUUUCAUUUGGAUUUGGCGGUUCGGGUGGUCCGGUGAUCAACGUUACGAUGGAUGAACUUGUCCUUCCCCUCACAGAUGAACCUCAGCAGUUUCCAAGCGGUCCGUACGAAGGUCAAGACAUUUGCCAGUUUGGCGUACAGAACUUCAGUAGUUCCCCUUACCUCCUUGGCGACACAUUCUUGCGAUCGGCCUACGUCGUUUAUGAUCUCGUGAAUAACGAAAUCGGCCUUGCACCCACCGAUUUUAACGCCACAGGAUCUAACGUUGUCGCAUUCCCGAGCGAAGGAGCUCAGAUCCCGUCAGCUAGUGCGGCACCUAACCAGGCCGAGGUUACUCAAACUAGUGGCUCGCUUUCUCAGCCAACAUACGGUGCCAGCGGCGGGUUCCAAAAUCACGACGCCGAAUCAGCGGCAUCCUUACUACCGCCCGCUUUCGACUGGUCCAGGAUAGCCGUUAUGGGGGCCAGCAUGUGUUUCGUAAUGGUUGGUAGUGGAUUCUUCCUCCUUAUUUAGAGGAAGGUGUAACGAUUUUAAUAUAAGAGGCGUUUUGGUUGGAGCUGGGUUUCGCAUCGUUUAUCUUUUACCAACCUCCGGGGCUCGCUUUCAGUUUAAUCCUACAGGCGUACUUACAUGAGGGCAAUGGACUAGCAUUCUCUGUAUACUGA